AUGCAGAACAUGCUCGCCAAGGGUAAGGCUGAGAAGCACGACGAGGAAGUCCAGUACGCAGCGUACAAGCAGUUCUGCGGCGACACCACGGUUGAGAAGGACAAGGCCAUCAGGGAGGCGGACGAGAAGAUCGAGGUGCUCAAGGCGGACAUCGAGAAGUAUGAGGCCACCGCGGCCAAGAUGACCAAGGAGAUCGCCGACCACCAGGCGGACGUCGCGGGGUGGGACGCCGACAUGGAGGCAGCCACUGGCGUGCGCAAGUCGGAGAAGGCCGCGUACGACGACGAACACAAGGACCUGUCCGAGUCCAUCUCCGCGCUGGAGCGGGCUAUCGAGGUGCUGAAGAAGCAGGGCUACAAUCGUAAGCAGGCCUCCUUCGCGCAGGUGAAGGCGCUGCAGGACGUCAAGCUGAUCCCGGACGAAGCCAAGAAGGCGGUCUCGGCGUUCUUGCAGGACGACCUCGCCGAGGAGGACCUCGCUUUCAUGUCCGCCCCCGAGGCUUUCGGGUACGAGUUCCAGUCGCACGGCAUCAUCGAGAUGCUCUCCAAGCUGCUCAACAAGUUCAUCAGUGAGCGCACCACGGUGGAGAAGGAGGAGCUGGACAAGAAGAACGCGUACAAACUGACGAUGCAGGACAUCACCGCGCAAAGCGACCAGGCCAAGGCGGACAUCUCGGACAAGACGCAGUCCAAGGCGAAAAACAUCGAGAUGGCCGCGGACGCCAAGGCCGACCUGGCCGAGACGGCAGAGACCCGCGCCGCCGACAAGAAGUACCUCGACGACCUCACCGCCCUCUGCGCGCAGAAGGCCUCCGACUUCGCGGCCCGGCAGGCGCUGCGGGCCGGGGAGCUGGAGGCGCUGGCCCAGGCCAUCGAGAUCAUCUCCAGCGGCGCCGUGAAGGGCAGCGCCGCGAGGCACCUCCCGGCCCUGCUCCAGGCCAGGGCCACCUCACUCGCGGCGCUGCGGUCGGAGGCUGCGCCGGGCGCGCGGGGCCGCGCCGCGGCGUACCUGCAGCAGCGCGCCGAGAGCACGGGCAGCCGCGUGCUGUCCCGGGUCGCCGCGCGCGUGCGGGAGGACCCGUUCCGGAAGGUCAAAAAGAUGAUCAAGGACCUCAUCGUGCGCCUGAUGGAGGAGGCGAACGAGGAGGCCGAGCACAAGGGCUGGUGCGAUACUGAUUGUCCACCAACGAGCAGACCCGGAAGGAGAAGACAGCGCAGGUCGAGACCCUCCAUGCGGAGAAGGACCAGCUGGAGACUUCCAUCGCCAAGUUGGCUUCGGAGGUUGCCUCGCUCACCGAGCAAAUCGCUGAGCUGGACAAGGCCAUGGCCGAGGCUACCGAGCUGCGCACGGCGGAAAAGGCGAAGAACGAGGAGACCAUCGACGAGGCCCAGCAGGCCCAGAAGGCCGUCGCACGGGCACUCGUCAUACUGA